AUGUCUUGUGCCAGAGACUUUGGGACGGACUGGAUUGAACGCCUCACUCUCCCGCGACCCCCUCGCUGGUGGAUAGGAUACUCCGCCAGACCCCGCGACGAUGUACCUGGCAGCUUUGGCAGCCGGCGAGGCCAUGCCAGCCAGCUGUCCAUCUCAGACCCAAGCCACCAUGUGACCGAAGCGAUUGGAACCUUGUAUGGCGACGAAGACGACUCAGGCUCCGAAGGAGGCCGACCUCUGAGCUUCAUUGACGGGUCUUCCUACCACGAACAGAUUCAGAGGCCGUCGCCACAGGAGCAACGAGACAGCCAAUACAGACCAAACGACGACCACCGAAGACGCCUCUCGCGAUCCCUUUCGGAGCAGCCGUCCAUCUCUCCGAAUUCUGGCAGUGAUCAGCUCAGCCUUCGCAAGACGCAGACUCUCCCCAUCACGCCCCCAUCGCAACGGGGCAUGUCUUAUGAAAAUGGUGGCAAGCCACCUUUAUCUCCGACAUUGUCGUUGCGCGACGUCCAAGCAGAUGCGACGGGCUCUCAAUUUCCCUUGACCAACAUUGACAAUCCUAGUGAUAUCGCGCAGGAACUGAGCAAUCUCCAGGCACUGCGGAGGCUGUCCAUGGAUGUCGGAAACAAUAUUGAUCCAGACAUGCCACCCAUGAGCCUCUCCGUCAUGCCCUCAAUAGCGCCCAGCGGUGACGACGACGAAAAUGACCCAUCAAGACUCCUUUGGGUUCCUGCCAGGGUCCACCCGGAGCUCGCACCAACCGAGUUCAAGUCCUUUCUCGAGAAACGCGUGCAGUCUAUCCGGCGGAGGUCUGGAGAGUCGUUCCUCUCUGUCGACGGUGACCUGAGCCGGAACGACUCGGGGUCAUCCUUGAGGCGGAAGAAGUCCAUGCUGUCUCGGCAGAUAGACAACUCUGGCGGACGCGGCGCCGUCGGCUACGUUGACGGUGCCGAACGCCUCGAGCGGAAGAAAUCUGUCGGGAACAGACGCCACAGUCCGGAACUCAGCCUCGAGGAGCUUGUCAAGGAUCCAACCAAGGCGGUCCAGAAGCUCGCUCAAGAGUCUCAGGGUGCAUCAAGUGGAAUAGAGGGCAGCGCCGACGAUAUGCCCAUCUUGCCGAUGGCCCCAGGAAUGGGCCUGCGCCGCUCCACCAGAACAACGUAUAGGAAAGGCGGCAGCCUGCGCUCCGGCGAUAAAGGCUCGUUCUCCCGGCGAUACGCGAACCGCCAACAGGAUAGUGAGUCGUCUGAGGCGAGCCCACCACCCACGGCGGACGCACCGCCAGGCCACUCGUUUGGUAGGGUUCAGUCUGAGCCCGUCGCCGAAAACUACUCACGCCCAACGCGAUCCGUCCGGAGGCAACGCAACUUCCCACAAGACUCCCCUGCAACCUCGGGAGGUGCUGACGGUUCCUCCGAGGAUCCUACUGAGAAUCGUACCGCGUCUCCGCCCCAGGUCCACCAGGACCAGCUGCCAGCUCGCACCUCCUCAACCUCGUCCAUGUCACCAGGCUUGGAGUCGACGUCGCCCGCGAAACGCACAGAUCGUCUUGAAACCCAGUUCAACCAGCCCUCUAGAUCAUUUCCGCAGCGGUCGUCAUCUCAGAGCGCGGCAUCCGUCCACGAGAACCAGCCCGAAAUCGUUGUGGAAGAGCCGCCACCUCGUUCCAGCCGACGCUCGGCAAACACCAACGUCAUGAAGCACACGACACAGCCUCAAUACACCUCCAAGUCGCCUGCUACGAUGCAGAUGCACACCAUGAACGACGCUCUUGCGUCGCCUUCUUCCAUUUCCGGAGGCGACGCAUCCCGUACUGACAACCUCACAUUCAUUCCUACGCUCGCCCAAGGGGACAAGAAACCGGAAAGAAAGUCGAAGAAAGACCGGGAUGACGACUCUACCAGUGGGUCCAGCAGGUCUGGCAGCGCCUGGAAAUGGCUCAAGGGUGUGACGGACGACCGGGAGAAGAAGAAGGAGGAGAGCAAAAAGUCCAAGACGAGGACACUAGCCGCGAAAGCCCAGGCCCAGGACAACGCCAGGCUCGACGUCAUACAGACGUCGAUCGACAAGAACAGCGUCAAGGGUCGCGAAAGCCUCGUCUUGGAUCGCGAGAACGUCGACAGCAAGCUUCUGGAGGAGCGCAAGAAAGAGAGCAACCGCAAGAGCGACUCCAAGAAGGACAAAGACGGCAGCAUCUUUUCUUCAAUAUUCGGCGGCAGCAAGCGGAAAGAGGAAAAGGAAAAGGUUCACAAGAAGAACCAACAUCUCCAAGUACCGGAGGACCCUCCGUACAAACCGCUGCAGCCGGACGUGGACUACAACUGGACCCGUUUCCCGCUCUUGGAAGAGAGGGCGAUUUAUCGGAUGGCCCACAUCAAGCUGGCCAACCCGCGUCGAUCGCUUCUCAGCCAAGUCCUCCUGAGCAACUUCAUGUACAGCUACUUGGCCAUCGUCCAGGCGAUGCACCCGCAAAUGAACGUGCCGACCUCGCCCCAGCAGAAGCGGCUUGAGGAAGAGGCCCGGCGCAAGCAGCAGGAGCAGGAGUACCUGGCGCAGCAGCAGAUGCAGGAUGAUCAAGACGCUGAGAACAGCCUCGAUCAGUACAAUUUCGACUACCACAGAGCUGCUGUUCAGUAUGCCGAUUCUGCGGGCGACGGUCAGGUGGAGUACGUCGACGACGCUCAAAUAUACGAGGACGAGCACGGCAACGACAACAGUCACGAGCCCUAUGGGUACGAGGGCUACGGCCACGACAUGAAAGACUACUACCAAUACAAUGACAACGCGGACGAGGACCGGAACCACCGUCGUCAAGAUGACAUGUGGUGA